AUGGGAGUGACCAUGAGAGUUGCGAAAAAGGUUAGUUGCUCUCACUUUCAGUCGAUUACGAGAACAGUCAAAAGUGUGAUUUGCAAGGGGAAAGCUCCUGUUGACCCUGAGUGUGUAGGAAAAAUCAAUGUAGCUCAUGUUUACUUUGAAGGCGAUAACAUUUACGAUGUUUUGUUAAACCAGACCAACGUACAAAAUAAUAACACAUGCACAUAG